AUGUUCGUGUUUGUACGGGUGUAUGAUGUUGUAUGUGGGUGGAAUGUAGGUGUAGAAGUGGUUGCAUGGGGGGUGGAUGCAGGGGUGAGGGUAGGUGUUUGGCCUUGGGCUUAUGAACAUGACAUAAGUGUGGAAAUGCAUACUUCCAGUAGUCGAUUUCAGAACUCCUUUCUUCAUUCCACAGCGUCAGACUCACAAGGGUUUUAG